UUUUAUCUUAUCGUCAUCGUUUUUGACAACUUCUGAGUCUUCACGUAUAUUUCGAAGGUGUAAAUAUAUGCUAAUUUUAAUUGGUUUUAAAAGAAAUUACUCUCUGAUCUCGUAUUACAUUAAUUCAUAUAAAACUGACAUUUCUUUGUGCUAUGUGUGUGGUUUCUAAAUAAUCUGAAGUGUGUCGAAGAUCGUAAAUAGCUUGUUUGAAAGCAUCCGGCAACUGUGAUCUUGAUUACAUAAUUUUUUAAUUUAACCCGUAGUGUUAAUUCAACUGUAAUGUUGCAGUUCGGAACACCUCUGCACUCCUUAUCACAGUUAUUUAUACCAUUCAAAAAUCUUGCGUCAAUUUUAUCCAGUUAUGCUAACAAAGCAUGUGUAAAAGUGAGAGAAAAGAAACGCGUUAUUAAUCAUGAUUCCCCAAAUAUAUUGUGUGCUGAAAGUUUGCAGGAGGUCAUUAAAAAUAUAGAUCCGAUACUACUUGAAUACUGCUCAUAUUUAGUAGCUAGGCAGAGAAUUUUUGAUGCAGAAAAUAGUUCAAUGCUUAGACCCGUAUGUUAUUCAUCAAGCUCAACAUAUUUUGAGAAUAAGUAUGGAUUCCCAGAAUCGAAUUUAUUAAGAACUUAUAUACAACCUAAAAGUUAUGUAGCAGUCUAUUCUCAAUUAUAUUUUACUUUAAAUGGUCUUCAGCACUCUAGAAGUUUUAAAACACGAAGUUUUAAACAAGUGACUGGUUUACGGACUAGCUCAGAUACUAGAGAAACUUCUUUAGCGUGGACAGAACGAGUGCCUAUUCUUAGAGGAUGGAAAACUAAAGAUAAAACUAAAAGUCAGGUUGAAGCAGAACAAAAUGCUAAAUUAAAAACACUUUUAUCAAAUGAAAAUUUAACACCUGAAGAGCAGCAAAGACUGAGAAUAGCAUUUGCAGAAGGAUAUGUAGCAGCUGAUUCAAAAGAAAAAACAAACUCAAAAUUAAGUAUGUUUAAUAUUUUUAGAGAUCUCUUAGGUAUAAUACUCAUUUUAUAUAUCUUGUCAUCUGUGAUGAGUGGAUCAUUUCGUAAAGUUUUCAUGGGAACGGCUAAUGAAGUUUAUCCAGAAGAGAUUGAUGUAACUUUUGAAGAUGUAAAGGGUGUUGAUGAAGCAAAGCAAGAAUUGCAAGAAAUAGUAGAAUUUUUGAGAAAUCCUGAAAAGUUUUCUGCUUUAGGUGGAAAAUUACCAAAAGGUGUACUUUUGGUGGGUCCUCCAGGUACAGGAAAGACACUGCUUGCAAGGGCUGUUGCAGGAGAAGCAGAUGUACCAUUUUUUCAUGCUGCUGGACCAGAAUUUGAUGAAAUUCUAGUUGGGCAAGGUGCUCGAAGAGUUCGAGAUUUGUUCAGUAGAGCAAAAUCAAGAGCACCUUGCGUUAUAUUUAUUGAUGAAAUUGAUUCGGUAGGUGCUAAAAGAAGUAAUUCUUUACUUCAUCCAUACGCUAAUCAGACAAUCAAUCAACUACUUACUGAAAUGGAUGGUUUCCGGCAGAAUGAAGGAGUUAUCGUUUUAGGGGCAACCAAUCGAAGAGAUGAUUUAGAUAAAGCUCUCCUGCGGCCAGGUAGAUUUGAUGUUGAAAUAAACGUGAGUGUACCUGAUCUUAAUGGUCGCAAAGAAAUACUAACCUUGUAUCUCGGGAAGGUCAAAAUGGCAUCUGAUGUAGAUAUUGAAGUUCUUGCUCGGGGAACAACAGGCUUUACUGGUGCUGAUUUAGAAAAUAUGGUUAAUCAAGCUGCACUAAGAGCCGCAAUUGAUAAAGCAGAUUCUGUCACGAUGAAAUACUUAGAAAGUGCUCGAGAUAAAGUUUUAAUGGGACCAGAAAGGAAAUCUCGUAUACCUGACGAAGAAGCAAAUAUCAUAACUGCUUAUCACGAAGCUGGUCAUGCUUUAGUUGGUCAUUAUACAAAGGACUCCCAUCCUCUACAUAAGGUAACGAUUAUACCUCGUGGACCAUCACUUGGUCAUACAGCUUAUAUUCCAGAGAAGGAACAUUAUCACGUCACCAAGUCUCAAAUGCUAGCACAAAUGGAUACUUUAAUGGGUGGUAGAGUUGCAGAGGAACUAAUCUUUGGUUCUGAAAAGAUAACUUCUGGAGCAGCAAGUGAUUUGAAGCAAGCUACUGCAAUAGCAACCAACAUGGUAAAAGAAUGGGGAAUGUCAGAUAAAGUUGGUGUAAGAACAUUUGAGGAGCAUCAGAACUCUCUUAUUGUAGUUAGUGAACUUUCUGCUACAACAACUGAGCUCAUUGAUGCAGAAAUUAAACGCCUUCUUGCUGAAUCUUACGAAAGAGCCAAAAAUAUUCUAAAAACUCAUAGUAAAGAACACAGAUUAAUUGCAGAAGCAUUACUGAAGUAUGAAACAUUAGAUGCAAGUGAUGUUAAAGAACUAAUUACAAAUAAUAUUCUCUCUCGUUUUUCUAAAAAUUCAGAAGAUAAAGCAUGAAAUACAAAUGCUUUGAAUUUUAUAUACUUAUUUUAGAUGCUUAAUGCUUUGGAAAAAAAAUCAAUAUAAUUAUUCACGUAACCAAAAUAAGUCGUUAACUGUCACAUUAAAUCAUUUCAAAACAGUAUUAAAAUAAUAUAAUGACAGAAAUAUAAUUUUAUUUUUUUGUGUGGGCAAGAAAGUUAGAAAUACUAUAUGUAAUUUUUCUUUCCGUAGAUUUUUAACUUGUUACUUUUGACAUUGAGUUAUCAUUAAAUUAUUGAUUAAAUACUCUGUUAGAUUUUGUAUUUCUUGUAUUUUUCAAAUAAUAUGGUAAUUUAGCAUUCUGAAUUUCAUUUAAAAGUUGCAGAUAUUUGAACAACUAAUUUUAAUGAAAAUGUAUGUUUUCAAAAUAUGCAGUUUAAUGAAAAUACAGCUUUGCAUAUAAAGAAUUUUGUACAGUAUUUCAGAUAAGAAAACUGUAUUUCUUUUUCUUUCUUUAAACUGUGCAGUUUAGUAAAAAAUAUUGGUAGCUUUGCAUGUUAAGAUUUUGGGAUACUCUUGUGUUAUUGGAACCAGAUUCAGGAAUGUGUAUACAUGCAUACAUCCAUAUAUACAUUUCUGAACCCAGUCCCGAUAACAGAAGAGUACCUCUUUUUUAUUACCCCCCCCCUUGAAAAUUAGCAAACUCAAAUUUGGAGUUUAGAAAGCUUGUACUUCUGCUGAUAGCCUGUGAAACACCAAUAUUGAAUAAUUAAUGUAGUAAAUUUUUAAACUAAACUAAUUUUACUGAUAAUGUAAUGCAGGUUAACAUAUUAGAAGUGCUUCAUUUUUUUCACCUGAAUAAUACAAAAAAUUAUGUGGUAUGUUUAAAGCAUUUAACAAGAUUAUAAAAACAAGCUUGUUCCAGAAAAAAAAAGGGCCAUAUUAGUUUGCCUUUAAAAUUUUUUCAAAAAUAAGGCAAAAUAUACCGAAUUUUAUUGAUUCUUAAAAGUUCUGUUUGGUAUUCAUCUAACAUAUGAAAAUUAUUCAAGAAUUUUAAUGAAGAAAAAAAAAUAUGUGCUCUUAAUAAUAUUAAAAAAAAAUUUCUAGCUUUAUUAAAAAUUAACCAUUUUGUAUGAUGUUAUGAAUUAAGAUUUGAAUAAGCCAUUAUAGAUAACCCAUAUUGUUCUAUUUAAGAUGUCAGCUCUAGUAUAGAAUUGGGUGCCCCUUCGAUUAGCGACAAUUUUUUGUAAAAUUUUGGCGAAUCUCAUUUCUGGUUACCAUGAUAGUUUAACUCUGCUUUACCCUCCUGAUUUUUUUUAAAAUAAAAAUAGAUUGAUGUGUACAUGGUCACAUUUAAAGCAGUGUGCAAUGCCGGGAUGUUUUUUUGAGUGAAAACAGAUCGAUGUGUACAUGGACACAGAGUUUAUGCAAUUUUUUUGACUUCUUAUUUUGGUUUUGUGUAGCGGCCAUCUUGAAAUUGUGUCUUCCUGGUGCCGAUCUUGGCGUCAAAAAAGAAUCGCCAAAAAAAGGGGGCACCCAAUUGUAAACUUUUACCAAGAUGUCUUAGAAUGACUUAUAUUUUUAUAUGAUAAUCCUUUGUUUUUUAUGGAUCUCAUACGUGUAAAUUCGAGCAAAUUAAUUUGCUCAUUUAUCAUUUAAAAUCACAGAUCUGCUUUUUUUA